AUGGCUGGCAGGGCUUUGUGCCAGGUGGCCUUGGCUCUGGCACUGUUGGUAAACCUGACUACAGCUGCUUGGAUUGGCUGUCCUGGGGCCUGUCGCUGUUCUUCCGCCAUGCUCCAGUGCCUGGAGAUGGAUGGCAUCAGCAGCUUCCCAGUGCUGGCCCAGCAGGAGAGUGAGAACGUCACGGAAAUCUACAUCGAGAACCAGCCUAACUUAAAGAACAUCACAGAUAUCGACUUUGUUAAAUACAGAGAGCUGAAGAACCUUACAGUUACAGAUAGUGGCUUAACGUUCAUCUCUGUUAAAGCCUUUCAACAAAACGUCAAGCUCCAGUAUGUGAACCUGGCCUCAAACUUGCUGGCACACAUCGGCUGGAAAGUGUUUCACUCACUUCCUCUACUCAACUUGGUUCUGCGGGAUAACCCUCUUGUUUGCUCGUGUGAUAUCUUCUGGCUACAACAGUGGCAGAGAUUUAGGAGGGCAGACAUCGACAGUCAACAGACCUGUGUGUACAAUAACAGUAGCAUUCAGCUUGACAGCUUUGUGAUGGAAAACUGCAGUGUUCCAGACGUCUCCAUCAACGCUCCGGUGCUACCAGUUAGGGAGGGUGGAAAUCUGACAUUUGAGUGCCAAGUGACCGGUGUACCGCUUCCCAGCAUUAAAUGGAGAACAGAACAGCUUCAGUCCAACUUUGUUUUGGAGCGUGGGAUUUGGGGUUCUACUCUUGAGCUGGUACUUCACAUGUGGAACGUCUCAUCCAAGGAUAAUCUACAUAACCUGACCUGUGAGGCUGAGAAUCUGGCAGGUCCAGGAGAGGCCGUGGUCCAGCUAAACAUUGAGUUCCCUGUGAAGAUCCUGUGGUUACGAGAACCAGUGCCACAGCACCACUGGUGUUUCCCCUUUGCGGUGGAUGGAAAUCCAGCACCGUCCAUCAGGUGGCUGUUUAACAAGAAGCCGCUGUUGGAGACCUGGUUCACCUACACGCAGCUGAUCCCGGACCAGGAUGAUGGAUCUGUGCAACUUGGCUGCCUUUUCCUCAACAAACCAACCCACCUUAACAAUGGCUACUACACUCUCAUUGUGGAGAACAAACUAGGCAGAGAUGAGGCCACGGCCAAGGGCAUCUUUAUGGAUAAUCCUUUUGGGAAAACAAACCCAGAGGGAAUCAUUUAUGUCUAUAACGACACAACUCCUGCCACAAAUGGGUCAACAGGUAAUGUGACGGAGAAGCUGGAGAACCAGCUGCUCGGGGUGUCUGUUGCUGUAGGACUCGCUGUAUUCGCUUGUACAUUCCUCAUCAUCAUGGUGCUGGUUGUCAAUAAGUGUGGGCAAAACUCCAAGUUUGGCAUCCACCGGUCAUCAGUUCUUGGUAAGGAGGAUGACCUUGCUGUGUCUCUCCGUUUUAUGAACUUUGGUGCGAGUCCUCCUUUAUCAGAUGAAGGCAUGCUGGAUUCUGGACUUUCCAGCUUUGUUGAAAACCCACAAUAUUUCUGCGGCAUUAUCAAAGACAAGGACAUGUGUGUGCAGCACAUUAAGAGAAAAGACAUCACCCUGAAGUGGGAGCUGGGUGAGGGAGCCUUCGGCAAGGUUUACCUGGCAGAGUGUGCCAACCUCUGUCCCGACACUGACAAGAUGCUGGUGGCCAUAAAGACUCUGAAAGACGCCAAUGAGUCAACUCGACAGGACUUCCAGCGGGAGGCUGAGCUCCUGACUGUUCUCCAACAUGAGCACAUAGUCCGCUUCUAUGGGGUGUGCACAGAUGGAGAGCCUCUUGCCAUGGUGUUUGAGUACAUGAGGCAUGGCGACCUUAAUCGCUUCCUCAGGGCUCAUGGUCCAGAUGCUCGUAUCCUGGACGAGGUUAAGAUCCCCCCGAUGGGUCAGCUUACCUUGCUGCAGAUGCUCCAGAUAGCUGCCCAGAUAGCCUCUGGAAUGGUUUACUUGGCCUCGCUCCACUUUGUGCACAGAGACUUGGCCACCAGGAACUGUCUGGUUGGAGAAGGUCUUGUGGUGAAGAUUGGCGACUUUGGGAUGUCCAGAGACAUCUACAGCACUGAUUACUACAGGGUUGGAGGCAGAACCAUGUUACCUAUUCGCUGGAUGCCACCUGAGAGCAUCAUGUACAGAAAGUUUACCACAGAGAGUGAUAUUUGGAGCUUUGGAGUCGUGCUCUGGGAGAUCUUUACUUAUGGCAAACAGCCUUGGUACCAGCUCUCCAACAGUGAGGCCAUCGAAUGCAUCACGCAGGGCCGGGAGCUGGAGCGGCCGCGGACGUGUCCCAAAGAAGUGCACCAACUUAUGCAGGGCUGCUGGCAAAGAGAACCUCAACAGCGUCUGGUCAUCAAGGAUGUUUACAACCGGCUUGUGGCUUUGGUCAAGAAUCCUCCAGUCUACCUGGACAUCCUAGAGUGAUGCAAGAGAAAUGAGAAAACCUCUGGAAGUUAAGAUUGAAGAGCUGAAUAUGCAGAACACUGGAGAAAGAAAGACAGAGAGACAAAGGGACUGAAGAACAGUACAGAGGUUAUAAGAGUCCCUCUCAUUUAUAUAUCUGCCUUAGACAUAAUAAUUUAUCAGUUUAACUGAGGUUUUAUC